UAUGCCCCCUUUCUCAUCAUUCUUAAUUCUCAUAAUUAAUACAAUUAUGACAAAACCUCUUGUAGUUUUUGUAGUUUUGAUUCUAAGUCUAAUUGUAUGUUCAAGUUCAGCUACUAACUACAUUGUGGGCGAUAGUUCUGGCUGGGAUAUUAGUUCUGAUCUUGAUACAUGGUUAAUAGGAAAGAGCUUCAAGGUUGGUGAUGUACUCGUGUUUCAAUAUUCGUCGUUCCAUAGCGUGGCCGAGGUAACGAAGGAGAAUUUUGAUGGGUGCAACACGAGCAACGUGCUCGAUUCGAAUAAAAAUGGCAACACAACCUUCCCAUUGUCAAAGCCAGGAGACAGAUACUUUGUUUGUGGGAAUAGGUUACAUUGUCUUGGAGGAAUGAAACUUCAUGUAAAUGUAGAAAAUGAUGCAUCACCAGCUGCAGCACCAGAGGCAGGGCCCUCUUCUUCACCUUCUUCAAAGAGCAAAAAUCCCUCUGUUGUUCCUAGUUUUGCAUUUUCCAAUUAUGUUGGAUGGGAUUCUCUAGUCCUUGUAACUCUUGGCCUAUUGUCCUUGGCACUUCAAAUAGUGUAAACUUUGAGGAUUUUCACUCUGAAAUGUCUGUUAUGACCUUUUCAUUUGUUUGAUUUUUAUUCAUAUGGAUAUAUCUAUUUGAUGGCGGAAUAGAUUAUUUAUUUGCACAUCAGCUUCUUUAGCAAGUCUGAUUAUCCCUGUCAAGUUGGAAGAAUUACUAUAAAUCGUGACAUCUUUUACUAAUCUAUGAACAGAAGCUCAUCUUUUCAUA